AUGUCUGUUCAAAGCAUUCAUCAAAAUAAAUUCAGUGAAUUGCGAGAAAACUACAAACAAUACAUCGAUACAUAUAAUGCAUUGUAUCAACUGAAAAUUGGAAAUGAAGAAGAAUUAAGCCAGAUUUACAAAAUGAUCAAAACGAAUUUGAUUGAAUCAAAGAAACUUUGCCCACAAUCUAUUAUAAGAGAUAUCUUAAAUAUCAUUCCGUAUAAUAAUGGCCAUACAAAGUCAUAUUUAUCUCUUGCCAAACUCAUAUCUGAUGAUUAUCAUGUGGAAGAAGUCAGACAAAUUCCAAUUAUCUCUAACUACCUGUUUUAUAAAGAAUAUGGAAUUAAAUUAGACAAAUCUCAUAAUUUUGAAAAAAUUCAAUCAGAAAAUUUAUCCAUUCAUUCAGAAAAUACAAUUUACAAAGCAAUUGUGUAUAAUGACAAAGAAACAUUCAUCUCAUUUGCCGAAAGAGAAGGAUUUGAUAAAGAUCAAAUACUUAGAAACAGCUCUUUGUAUCCAAUUACCAGAUCAAUAUUUUUUUCAUUUGGUCGUAGACCAGGAUAUUCAUUACUUGAAUUAUGUUGUUACCAUGGAGCAGUUGAUUGUUUCAAAUUCUUAAGAACGAAAUUUAACUCAGAAAUAACUGAAUCAUGUUUAAUAUUUUCAUUUUUAGGAGGAAAUCCAGAGAUCAUGAGUGAGUGUUUGAAAUAUCAGAAACCAGGUGAUGAAUGCAUGUGUUAUGCAAUUGUUUCACACAACAUUGAUUUUGUCACAUUUUUGAUGAAUGAAUACAAAAUAUCGAUUAAUUUAUAUCAAUGUGCAGUGUAUAAAAAUCUUGAAUCAUUUUUAGUUUAUUUCGAUCGAACUAAUGAUAUUCACAGAUGUUAUGCUUAUUCGGCGUUGUUUGAAAUGUUAUCUCUUUGUGAAUAUUUCCUUUCACUUGGUACAAAUAUUAAUAUAUUAAUGGGAGAAUUUGGAACAGCUCUUCACAUUGCAACAAUGUAUAAUUGUAAAGAGAUAGCUGAAUUUCUUAUAUCGCGCGGUAUAAAUAUCAACAAGAAAAAAAUUAAAGGAAGCACACCUCUUCAUGAUGCAGCAAAAUCUAAUAACAAAGAAAUGGCCGAGCUUUUAAUUUCUCAUGGUGCAAAUAUCAACGAAAAAGAUGAUGAAAAGAGAACCGCUCUUCAUGAUGCAGCAAAAUCUAAUAGCAAAGAAAUAGCUGAACUUUUAAUUUCACUUGGUUUAAAUAUCAACGAAAAAGAUAGGCGUGGAAAUACACCUCUUCAUGAUGCAGCAUGUGAAAAUAGUAAAGAAACAAUCUAA